GUAAACAGUGAGUGCGCAUGCGCGUCGCUGCACUCUAAUGGAGGACAUGUCUGAUCUGCAAUCGCCUUUUUCUGCGCCGUUUUUCUGAGUUUGCGACCUCAACAUCACUUAACUGAGUCUGCGACAGCCUCCGAGUGUCAGAAUGGCUUCGGACUCGGUCUCUCAAAGCUCCCAGAGUCCUGCCACCAGGAUCAUGACCUUUCAUCCCACAAAAGAGGAGUUCAAAGACUUCAACAGAUACAUUGCAUAUAUGGAGUCGCAGGGGGCGCACAGGGCCGGGAUGGCAAAGGUGGUGCCACCGAAGGACUGGAAGCCCCGGCGCACAUAUGAUGACAUUGAAGAUCUGGUGAUUCCCACCCCUAUUCAACAAGUGGUCACUGGCCAAUCGGGUCUCUUCACUCAGUACAACAUCCAGAAGAAGCCAAUGACAGUCCGCGAGUUCCGCAAAACCGCCAACACAGACAAGUUCUCUAAUCCCAGAUAUGCUGACUUUGAAGAACUGGAGAGAAAAUUUUGGAAGAAUUUAACAUUCAAUCCACCAUUAUAUGGGGCAGAUGUCAGUGGAACCCUCUAUGAUCCCGACGUGAUGGAGUGGAAUAUUGGCCGCCUGAACACUAUAUUGGACAUGGUGGAGAGAGAGAGUGGAAUCACAAUCAAAGGGGUGAACACUCCAUAUCUGUAUUUCGGGAUGUGGAAGAGCACAUUCGCCUGGCACACGGAGGACAUGGAUCUCUACAGCAUCAACUACCUGCACUUUGGAGAACCCAAGUCCUGGUAUGUUGUGCCUCCAGAGCACGGGAAAAGAUUGGAGCGUCUUGCUAAAGGAUUUUUCCCUGGAAGCGCCCAAAGUUGCGAAGCCUUCUUGCGACACAAAAUGACUUUAAUAUCACCGUCUAUUCUGAGGAAGUAUGGGAUACCCUUUGAGAAGGUCACACAGGAAGCAGGCCAGUUCAUUGUCACAUUCCCAUAUGGAUAUCAUGCUGGGUUUAACCACGGCUUCAACUGCGCAGAAUCCACCAACUUCGCCACUCAGCGCUGGAUUGAUUAUGGAAAGCUGGCAACAUUAUGUUCCUGCCGGAAGGACAUGGUGAAGAUUUCCAUGGACGUGUUUGUGCACAAGUUCCAGCCAGAACGAUACAAACUUUGGAAAGCAGGAAAGGAUAAUGUGCCUAUUGACCACUCGAAGCCCACUCCAGAAGUGGCUGAAAUCCAGAAAGAGAACGAGAAAGGAGAGAUCAGCGAUAGCGAGAGAGCGGAAACACUGGAAGAGAGAGGAGAAGCAGAGGCAGGAGACCAGCAGAAGGCAAACACAGAUGAUGGAGAGGAGGACAAAGCUGAAGCCUUCUCUGAGAAGGUGGUGAAGAGAGAAAGCGAUGCUGGAAAGGAGAAAGCAGAAGCAGAGGUAGAGAAGAGUGUGAGGGAUGAAGAGCCCAGCAGCACUUCAGAACAGAUCAGCAGCAGUAGUCCAAAGCAGAACACGGGGCAGAAGAGGCUCAGAUCCAGCACUGACAAUGAAGCAAAAGACGACAAUCAAGUAAAGAUAGAAGUGGAGGAGGUUGAGAAGAAGAAAGCCAAACUCGGCCAGAAUGAAACAGACAACAACGAGGAACAGUCUGUCUCUGCUGAGCCAGAUGACGAGAAAGCUGAGGAGACCAUGGAGACAGACACGCCUCCUCCACAACAGCAAGAGUGCAUGGAGGCGGAGCUCUCCACGUCAGACCCCACCUCCAGCAGUGACAUCACGACACAGCAAAGAGAAGAAGAAUCCAGCGACGUCACCUCAUCCACACAGUCCAUAAACAGCGUUGAUGAAGAUGUGGCUCUGGGCGGUGAUGUUGCCUCUCAGUCUGAAGACGUCACUCAAAGCUUUGUUGUCCAAAUCAACCCUGAGGAUAUCACUCCAACUGAUCUCACUGAUGCUCAACCAAGUAACAUCACGUCCCAUCCAUGUUCCAGUGACAUCCCUGCGACUUCCUUUAUGUCUGUAAGCAGCAGUAACUUCUCCAAACACAGCAUUAGCUUCGCCUACACUUGUGAUGGCACCACAGAACCCAGCGACAGCAUCAACCUUACUCCACGUGUGCCUAGCAUUAAUGUUGCCCAUAUUUCUGAUGUCCAGCCAGAACCCAGUGACAUCAUCGUUAGCCUUAAACAGAAUUCCAGUGCUAACUCCACCUAUACCUCUGACGUUCAGUCAGAUCUAAGCAACGUCACCGUCGACCCUGAACACAAGCCCAGCAUUAACUCCACCCACAUCAUCAAUGUCCAAUCAGAAACCAGCAACAUCACCAUCAGCUCGGAACACGAGCCAAGCAUUAGUUCCACCCCUAUGAGUGAUGUCCAAUCAGAAACUAGCUUUAAAUAUGAGCCUGGCAAUAACUCUGCCUAUGUUUGUGACGUCAAACCUGAACACAGUGACAUCAGUAUGAGCCCGAUAUAUAAGCCUGGCGUUAACUUCGCUCACACAUCUGAUGUCCAACCAGAACCCAGCGAAUGUGAGUCCUGCACAAACUCAGACCACAUCUGUGAUGUCCAAUCAGAAGCCAAUGACAUCAUCAUCAACUCUAAAGAUGAGAUGAGCAUUAACUCGGCACACACCUUUGAUGUCCAACCAGAGCCCAGUGACAACACCGUCAGCCUUACACAUAAACCUGAUAUCAGCUCCACCAGUGGUUCUGAUGUCCCAUCAGGACCUGGUGACAUCACCGACAGCCUUGGAUAUGACCCUGAUUUUAACUCCACCCACACCGGUCAUGUCCAAUCAGAAUCCAACAACAGCCCUAAACACAAGCUUCCCAUUAACUCCGCCCAUACCUAUGAUGUCCAAUCAGGACCCAGCGACAUCACCGACGGCCAUAGGUUUGAGUCUGAAUUUAACUCCACCCACAUCUGUGAUGUCCAAUCAGGACCCAGCGACAUGUCUGUCAACUCUAAACGUAAGUCUAGCAUUGACUCCGCCCAAAUUGAUGAUGCCCAAUCAGAUCCCAGCGACAUCUCCAUCGGCUCUAAACAGGAGUACAGCAUUAACUCCGCCCAAAUUGAUAAUGUCCAAUCAGAACCCAGCGACAUCUCCAUCGGCUCUAAACAGGAGUCCAGCAUUAACUCCGCCCAAAUUGAUAAUGUCCAAUCAGAACCCAGCAACAUCUCCAUCAGCUCUAAACAGGAGACCAGCAUUAACUCCACCCAAAUUGAUGAUGUCCAAUCAGAACCCAGCGACAUCUCCAUCAGCUCUAAAAACAAGCUCCGCAUUAACUCCGCCCAAAUUGAUGAUGUCCAAUCAGCGCCCAGCGGCAUAUCUGUCAGCUCUGAACAGGAGACAAGCAUCAUCUCGGCCCAAGUCGAUGAUGUCCAAUCAGAAUACAGUGACAUCUCCAUCAGCUCUAAACAUGAGCCCAGCAUUAACUCCACCCAAACUGAUGAUAUACAAUCAGAACCCAUCGACAUAUCUUUUGGCUCUAAACAGGAGUCCUGCAUUAACUCCGCCCAAAUGUAUGAUGUCCAAUCAGAACCCAGUGACAUCUCCAUCAGCUCUACACAGGAGACCAGCAUCAACUCCGCCCAAAUGUAUGAUGUCCAAUUAGAACCCAGUGACAUCUCUAUUAGCUUUAAAGACAAGCCCAGCAUUAACUCCUCCCAAGUUGAUGAUGUCCAAUCAGAACCAAGCGACAUAUGUUUUGGCUCUGAACAGGAGACCUGCAUAAACUCCGCCCAAAUUUAUGAUGUCCAAUCAGAACCCAGCAACAUCUCCUUCAGCUCUAAACAGGAAACCAGCAUCAACUCCACCCAAAUGUAUGAUGUCCAAUCAGAACCCAGCGACAUCUCCAUCAGCUCUAAUCAGGAAACCAGCAUUAACUCCACCCAAAUGUAUGAUGUCCAAUCAGAACCCAGCGACAUCUCCAUCAGCUCUAAUCAGGAAACCAGCAUUAACUCCACCCAAAUGUAUGAUGUCCAAUCAGAACCCAGCGACAUCUCCAUCAGCUCUAAUCAGGAGACCAGCAUUAACUCCACCCAAAUGCAUGAUGUCCAAUCAGAACCCAGCGACAUCUCCAUCAGCUCUAAUCAGGAGACCACCAUUAACUCCACCCAAAUGUAUGAUGUCCAAUCAGAUCCCAGCGACAUCUCCAUCAGCUCUAAACACAAGCCCAGCAUUAACUCCGCCCGAAUGUAUGACGUCCAAUCAGAACCAAGCGACAUCUCCAUCAGCUCUAAACACAACCCCAGCAUUGACUCCACCCAAAUGUUUGAUGUCCAAUCAGAACCCAGCGAUUUCUCCAUCAGCUCCAAACACAAGCCCAGCAUUGACUCCACCCAAAUAUAUGAUGUCCAAUCAGCGCCCAGUGGCCUCACCAUCAGCUACAAACAGAAGACCAGCAUUAACUCCGCCCAAAUGUAUGAGGUCCAAUCAGAACCCAGCGACUUCUCUGUCAGCUCUAAACGCAAGCCCAGCAUUGACUCCAUUCACAUGUAUGAUGAUGUCCAGUUGAAGUCCAGUAACUUCAUGGUCAGCCGAACACCCGAACCCACCUAUAAGAUCAUCCCAGAGCCCAGCAGCAGUGUGAGUGUAAAUGUGUCAGGCUUGAGCUCUGUGUUAGCGAGUGUCAGUCAGGGCUCAGUUCAACACAUCUUCCAGAGGACACUGAGCCCUGCAGAGGUGCUGCACGUCCACAGCUACGCUAAAGGAGAUUACAGCGACAUUGAGCCGCGCAUUCAGCAUGAGAGAGACAGUGAUUCUGAUAGCGAGUCUCAGGAUGACAACAAGAAAGAAGCCGAGCGUCCAGCUGAAGCUCAGUACAGACUACCCAGACUGCCCAGACACCACCCUCUGAUAAAGGACAGCAUCAGUGAUGAAGAGCUGCAGGAUCAGGCGGCAUCAGAGGAGGACGGGCUGGACGGAGAGGCCUGGGCUCGACCUCUGACCCAGCUGUGGCAGAACAGACCGUACAAUCCAGAUCGAGAGAGAGAGUACAACAGAGAGAUGGGUCUGCGGCCUCCAUACUGCUCCAUCUGCAUGCUCUUCCAGGCACAUCACAGGUCUGAAGGAGCAGAGAGCGAGCCGGCUGUAGUGCUGCGCGGAGGUCAGAUGAGAACCAAACCUCUGAUUCCUGAGAGAUGCUUUACCAUCACCACUGAGGAGAGCGCAGACGUCCAGCCAUCCACAGCUCACCUGGAGGAGGACGGCACUAGUCUGCUCAUCAGCUGCUCCCUUUGCAGUGUCCGAGUGCACACUAGUUGUUACGGUGUUGCCUCAGGAAGAGUCUCUAAAGACUGGAAGUGUGCCCGCUGUAAAGCCAACGCCUUUGCUGAGAGUUGCUGUUUAUGUUCGUUGAGAGGUGGAGCGUUGCACAGAGCCAAUAAUGGCAAAUGGGUUCAUGUGCUGUGUGCAGUGGCAGUACAGGAGGCUCGCUUCGUGAACAUCACUGAACGAUCACCAGUGGAUCUCAGCGGCAUUCCCUUACAGAGAUUCAAACUGAAAUGCUACUACUGCAAGCGGCGGAUGAAGAAAACGCUGGGCUGUUGUGUGCAGUGUUCUCACGGUCGCUGUCCCACCUCAUAUCACCCGACCUGUGCACAGGCCGCCGGCGUCAUCAUGCACCCAGACGACUGGCCUUUCGUCGUCUACGUCACCUGCUGCCGCCACAAAGGACCAGUACAGUCUGAGCGUAAUAAGUCAGCCAUGAGAGAGCUCAGCGUGGGCCAAAGGGUCAUCUGCAAGCACAAAAACGGACGCUACUACCAGUGUGAAGUCAUACAGCUGACAAAAGAGACUUUUUAUGAGGUCAACUUUGAUGAUGGCUCCUUCAGCGAUAACCUUUUCCCAGAGGAUAUUGUGAACCGGGACUGUGCUCAGCUGGGUCCGCCACCGCAGGGUGAAGUGGUUCAAGUCAGAUGGACCGACGGUCUCGUCUAUGGAGCCAAAUUCGUGGCAGCUCAUGUUAUUCAGAUGUAUCAGGUGGAGUUUGAGGAUGGAUCUCUGCUGACUGCUAAGAGAGAUGACGUCUACACCCUUGAUGAAGAGCUGCCCAAAAGGGUCAAAUCACGUCUGUCUAAGGCCUCGGACAUGCGCUUUGACGGGAUGUUUGGAGAGAAGAAGGUCCAGGAGAGCAAGCGGCAGCGAGUGAUCAACUCCAGGUACAGAGGAGACUACAUCGAGCCCGUCAUCUACAGAGCAAUCAUGGAGUAACCAGCAGCGACAGACAUGGCCUUCACCCAAAACCACCAGCACUCUUCCAGCAGCCCCUGCCAGCGUCAGUAGCGAUCAUCUGGCGGGAAGCAGACGUCUGGAUGGGUUUGAACUCUCGUCUGCAGGCGUGGCAGAAAGUUUCACAGCGUCUUUUACACACAGUGCAGCUUUUUCUUGGGGUGUGUUUGACACCCUUUAACCUCAGCGCUGUGAAACUGUCCCAAACACACUCGAGAAAACACACGUGAGCAUUUAAUACAGAAUAUUUGUUCAUAAAUAUCUACUUUCAUCAAAUUAAACAUUAAUUUAUUUCACUUAAAGGGAUAGUUCACUCAGAAAUGUAAAAUAUGAUCCGUAUUUGCUCAUCUUUAAGUGGUUUUAAUCCUUAAUAAGUUCUUUUUUCAGCUGAAUUUACAAAGAUAUUUUGGAGAAUGUUGGAAACCGAUUCAACCAUUGACUUUCAUAGUAGGAAACAAAUACUACACUCCGAAUUAAAGGCAUGGGAGCUGUCAGUGGGGUGGUACCUUUUCAAAAGGUACACAUUUGUAGCCAAACAGUCCAUAAUGGUACCUCAAAUGUCUAAUUUAGUACCCUGUAGUGCUCAAAAUGUACAUUUAAUGUACUAUUAUGGCCUAUUUGUACCAAUGACAGGAAGUACCUUUAUUUCAGAGCGUGUAUAGAAGUCAAUGGUUACAGAUUUCUAAUAUUCUUCAGCCAAACAGUCCAUAUUGGUACCUCAAAGGUCUCUUUUAGUACCCUGUAGAGCUCAAAAUGUACAUUUGAUGUACCAUUAUGGCCUAUUUGUACCAUGACAACUUCCUGUACCUUUAUUUCUGAAAGUGGCUAAAGAUAUCAGAAACGUAACCAUUGACUUCCAUACAAACAGUCCAUUUUGGUACCUCAAAGAUGCAUUUUAGCACCUCGAUAUGCUUAAAAUGUACAUUUGAUGUACCAUUAUGGACCUUUUGUACCAGUGACAGCUACCUGUACCAUUUCUGAGCACGUAUGGAAGUCAGUGGUUACAGAAUUCUAAUAUUAUUCAGCCAAACAGUCCAUAUUGGUACCUAAAAGGUGCAUUUUUGUACACCGAUGUGCUCAAAAUAUACAUUUGAUGUACCAUUAUGGCCCUUUUAUACCAGUGACAGGUUGCUGUACCUUUAUUUUUGAGAGUGGCUAAGGAAUAUCAGAAACCUGUAACCACCGACUUCCAUACAAACAUUUCAUAUCGGUACCUCAAAAGUGCAUUUUAGCACCCUGAUGUGGCCAAAAUGUACAUUUGAUGUACUAUUAUGGACCUUUUGUACCAGUGACAGCUUCCUGUACCUUUAUUUCUGGAGUGUAUGGAGGUCAAUGGUUACAGGUUACUGAUAUUCGUUAGCUGAACAGUCCAUAUUGGUACCUCAAAGGUCCAUUUUAGUACCCUGAUGUGCCCGAAAAUGUACAUUUGAUGUAAAGUUAUGGACCUUUUUACAAGUGACAGCUUCUCUUACCUUUAUUUUUGGAGUGUAUGGAGGUCAAUGGUUACAAGUUUCUGAUAUUCUUUAGCCAAUAGUCCAUAUUAGUACCUCAAAGGUGCAUUUUAGUACCCUGAUAUGCCCAAAAUGUACAUUUGAUGUACCAUUAUGGCCUAUUUGUACCAGUGACAGCUUCUCUUAUCUAUUUCUGAGAGUGGCUAAAGACAUCAGAAACCUGUAACCAUUGGCUUCCAUACAAACAUUACAUAUUGGUUCCUCAAAGGUGCAUUUUAGUACCUUGACAUACUCAAAAUGUACAUUUGAUGUACCAUUAUUGACCUGUAGUACCAGUGACAUCUUGUACCUUUAUUUCUGAGAGUAUAUGGAGGUCAAUGGUUACAGGUUUCUGAUAUUCCUUAGCCAAACAGUCCAUAUUGGUACCUCAAAGGUGCAUUUUAGUACCCUGAUGUGAUUAAAAUGUACAUUUGAUGUAAGAUUAUGGCCCUUGUGUACCAAUGACAGCUUCCCGCACCUUUAUUUCUGUAGUGUAUAGAGGUCAAUGGUUACAGAUUACUGACAUUCUUUAGCCAAACAGUCCACAUUGGUACCUCAAAGGUGCAUUUUAGUACCCUGAUGUGAUUAAAAUGUACAUUUGAUGUACUAUUAUGGAUCUUUUGUUCCAGUGACAGCUUCCUGUACCUUUAUUUGUGAGAGUGGCUAAAGAUAUCAGAAACCUGUAACCAUUGACUUCCAUAAAAACAUUUCAUUUUGGUACCUCAAAGAUGCAUUUUAGCACCCUGAUGUGCCCAAAAUGUACAUUUGAUGUAUUAUUGUGGACCUUUUUUUUAACCAGUGACAGCUCCCCUUAUUUCUGAGAGUGUAUUAAAGUCAAUGGUUACAGGUUUCUGAUAAUCUUUAAACUGUCUUGCUUUGAGUUCAGCGUAGGAAAGAAACUCCGGUUUGGAUCAAGCAGAGGGUGUGUAAAUAGAUAAACAUUUUGUGUGAACUACACCUUUAACUGAGGGUGCUGUUUCUACCCGCGUUUUACCGAAAGGACGUGCCAUUGCAUUCUAUACAGUCAGAUCUCCUGUUUUUAAGUCGAGAUCUCGAAUAUUGUACAUUAUUUGGAACAUAAUGAAUUCAGCGUGUCAUUUUUUACAAGCUUAUUUAUUACCUGGUGCUUUCUAAAUACCUUCUGCAAUAUGAGUUCCAGUGCUGUCGGAGUAAUGGUUCAUAAUGAGGGAGUUCAUGGGUGUGUUCUGUUUCCUGGAAGGAGUCACAGCAAAAUGCCAAGAAUCUGGGUUUUUCACAGCUUGUUCAGAGCCCUGCGUUGCUUACUCUGGUUCCACACUAUCUCAUUUCCAGGUUUCCAUUAAUGUAGCUCUCACUGCUGUCCAUAUUUGAUCAAAAGCCCCGUGGUUUUAAUAAGCUAUUUUUGCACUUCUCAGCUGUGCUUUAAUGAACUGUCAUCUUUGUCCUUGCAGUAGCCGAGCUCUAGAGACUGAAAUGCUCUUCUGAAAGCUGAGGAGGCCGUCGUUUUGCCUGUUUGGACUUUUCUAGCCGACAGCAUUUGGAGAAAGUAAGGUUGUUGCAGUUUGUCUGUUGUUCAAUAGACAGGGCUAAUCGUCACUCUAAAUAUAUAUAUAUAUAUAUAUUACAAAAAAAAAAGAAAAUUAUAAAAGAUGUUUUUCUAUCAAGAAGCCUAUUUUAUUGCUUUGUUUUAUAAUACGUUUAAUGUUCAUAUACUGUGAGAUAUAGUUGUAUGUAGUUAAUUUAAGAAAUCCGGCACGUUUCUUCUGCCUCUUGUUUUUUUUUUUUGCUUUUUAAACACGAGUCUCGUUCUUACCGCACUUCUGAAUGCUGAGGCUCUAGGACUUCCAUACAUGUCUUUUGUAAAAACCAUUAAUGUGCAUCAGUAAAAGAUGUGAGUUUACUUGUUUCUAA